AAUUGUAAAUCGAGAUUCGAUUUAGGGAUCUUUGCGUCGUAAAUUUAAUAAACACGUGGUCAAGUGUCAGAUUCUAUGUUCAGGCUCUAGUAUCAUCGAGACUCCUUUUGCUAACCAAUAUCUUUGCAAUGUCGAAGAUUGAAAUAAAUAACGAGAUCGUGCUAAUGAGGCACUGCGUGCGACGAGCCAGGCUGCAUAUCAUACGGAAAUUGAUCAGACAAGCGGGGAUGUUGCGUUCGAAGAAGGGAGACGACAAACGGUUGGAGAAGUAUAAAAAGAAGGCAGACAAACUGUGCAGCGAAGUUGCUGCGCUUAAAAAAUUAGCUGAGGACGAGGUGACUAAAUUUGCCAUUACGAAUAGUCGAAGCAUGGGAGAGAUACUGUCAGACGAAAAAUCUGGGCCAGAAAUUUGCGUAAUGGUCAGAUUAGCGAACAACAAAGUUAUUGCCGACAGAGUGGUAAAAUUCAAAGAGAAGUUUCCAAAUUAUGAGGACCAGUUGGGACCAGGAAAACGAAAGCUGUAUAAAAUGCAACGAAAGGCAGGUAAAACGGUUCAGAAGCAUGCUGACAGGCAAGCUGACAGAACCGCUGUGCCAAAUUUUGAGCAAAGAGACACGAUAAGUCGCAAUUCAAACGACAGUGCGGAUGAUGAAGCCGAGUCUGUGCAAACUGGAUUAGAAAUAGUUGAUCCUUUGCCAGAGAAGACUGAGUGUAACGAGGCUCAACAGGAACCAAACGAAACUGCGGAUUCUGAUUUUAUGGACAAAAUUGUAAACACGGAUGAAAAGCAAUCGAGGCCAGUUAAACCGAACAGAAAUGAACGAAAAGUCAAAUCGUCCAAGGAGGAUAAAUUGCGGGGAAUAUCUGUAACGAGUAGAGAAGCUACGGUAAAAAGUUUCACCGAAUUUUUGGAGGGAAAUGACGCGGAAAAAAUUUCUCCCAUCAUUGAAGUUGGAGAACCGGAAUUAACGGCGGAUAAAAUUGUCCUUGAGAAAGAGGUGGAUUCAUUUUUUGUGACCGAAAACGGGGAAGAUGGGUACCUGAGCGUUGUGGUCCCCAAGUCGAAGGUAAUGGAGGGUGAAAAUGAAGAUGACAACGCGACCGCUGCCGGAGGUCGUAAGUGGAAGAAUUUCGGCGGAAACGCGAGAGAGUCGAACGCAGCUAGAAACGGCAGAUUCUUCGACAAGAUUGACGGAAGCGAAAGGAGAAAACCGGAUAGAAGUAGCGGGUUCAAGGCACGCGAAAAUCGACCGGAUAACGGCGAUGCGAGGAAAAGGUCAAGAGUCGAUUUUCACGGUGGUGAUAAUAAGGCGACCGCCGAAAAUAUGCAUCCGUCUUGGGCGGCAAAGAAAAAGCAGCAGGAGAUAUUAAAGCUCGGUUUCCAAGGGAAGAAAAUCGUCUUCGAUGAUGCUUGAUGCGCCCGAAUCCAAAAUUAGUAUUUAUUUACGCCUCGUGAAUUGGUCAUGGAUCUUGUACAGAAGCAGCAAAAUACAGUUUAUCACAUAAGCACAUGUA